AUGCAUAUCCUAGUUGUCAACGACGACGGUCCUCCGUCGAACCAGUCGUCGCCCUAUGUCCAUUCCCUCAUCCACUCCCUACAGUCCGCUGGACAUACGGUUUCGGUUGUUCUUCCUCAUAAGCAGCGAUCAUGGAUCGGUAAAGCGCACAUCGUCGGCGCAUCCGUGAAACCAAGUUACUUCCGACCCGGAACCCUCCACAAAGAUGACGGCUCGAUACACUCUCUUCCACGAGGGAGCAACGGGGAGGCGGACGACGAAGAUGGCGACGAGUGGAUUCUUAUCGAUUCUACCCCGGCCAGUUGUGUCCAGAUUGGACUCUACCACUACUUUCAGGACCGUGGGCCAGUUGACCUGGUCGUCUCGGGCCCCAACUACGGUCGCAACACAACUGCGCUGUUUGCAUUAUCCAGCGGCACUAUCGGUGCCGCUAUGGAGGGUGCCAUAUGCGGGAAACGCUCGAUUGCGCUUUCAUAUGCCUUCAGCUCGCGAAAUCAUGAUCCGGUGAUUAUCGCGGAGGCAUCGCAACAUUCAGUCCGAUUGAUUGAAUACCUUUACAAGAACUGGGCGGAAGGUGUGGGCCUCUACAGUAUCAACGUGCCUCUGGAGCCUGGUGUCAGCAAUAACAGAGUGCUAUAUACGGACAUGCUUGAGAAUCGGUGGCGGUCUGGUAGUUGUUUUGAGGCUGUUGAUGCUGCGUUGUCUGGGGAGUCCCCUAAUAUGCAGGAACAGAUGCUGCGGGAUCAGGGUGAGACGCUAGGCACAGAGUCAUCAUUAGCUGAGAAGAAUGGAGUUACGAAAUCCAGGUUCCAGCAUAAACACUUUAAGUGGGCUCCUAAAUUCGCUGAUGUAUAUCGAAGUGUCGAAGAGAGUGAGCCCGGGAAUGAUGGUUGGGUCGUUAAGGAGGGAAUGACCAGUGUUACUCCUCUCAAGACCAACUUUAUGCACACACCCGGUAUCCAAGGGGAGAUUAAGCUAUCGGGUAGUGAACCUGCAUUAUAUUCAAUUGUCGACUGCGACACCCCCUAUGUUCAGGGUGUAGUCGAGCAGGCACUGAAGCGUCGCCUCGAAGGGAUCCAUUAUAAGCCAAUACUUGCUUUGUCAGAACUCCCGGAUUCUUCACUGCCAGUUUUCCAAUAUCGCGAAUACGAACGCCUGGAUUUCGAACAUAUCCUCUCUCAUCCUUCGACGUCUCUUGCAAAUGCUUAUAUUAUCCGCAAAGCUCUUAUUCGGAAACAUUAUCUCUCUAAUACAGUAGCCAGUUGGGUUUCGAAGCACCCAGACAGCGUUCUGCGGAGCCAUUUUAAACCCGCGGUUGACUUUGAACUGGACUAUGCUGAAUUCCUCGACGACGCACUGUUGGAGGCGUACGAACUGCGCGAAAGCUUGGAAAAGAAUGAAGAAAGGUCCGACUCUGAAAAGGAGUGGUGGAUUCUCAAACCGGGAAUGAGUGAUCGGGGUCAAGGCAUACGCCUCUUCAGCAGUGAGGACCAGCUGCGUGAAAUAUUCGAGGAAUGGGAGAUGGACGAGCCUGAUGACGAGAGCGGGUCUGAACGGGUUGAUGAUGACGCUGCUGUGGAUAAUAAACAUGGGGUAAUCGUCUCCCAGUUACGCCACUUCAUUGCCCAACCGUAUAUCGAUCCCCCUCUUGUUCUUCCGUCUUCGAACGGCCGAAAGUUUCACAUCCGGACGUACGUUCUUGCCGUCGGCGCUUUGAAGGUAUAUGUUUUCAAAGAAAUGCUGGCCCUUUUUGCUGCAAAACCCUAUUGUCCACCAUCAGAGGAAGAUGACGAUGUAAAAGAUCUCGCCAGGCACCUCACCAAUACCUGUUUUCAGGAAGGUGGGAGCGCCAACGAAGGCAGUGUCAGGCGUUUUUGGAAGCUGGACCACCAUGUCCCUGGCCUGAAACCAGACUGGAAAGAAAACAUCUUUGAUCAGAUCUGUGCCGUGACGGGGGAAGUCUUCGAGGCCGCCUCUCGAGGUAUGAUGGUUCAUUUCCAGGCAAUUCCCAACGUAUUUGAGCUCUUCGGGUUGGACUUCUUGGUAGACAAGUCUGGAACAGCGUGGCUUCUUGAGGUUAACGCGUUCCCGGACUUUGCACAAACGGGAGAGGAGCUUAAGGAGGUCGUUAUCGGAAAGUUGUUUGAGGAAUCAGUUGAUGUUGCAGUUAAACCGUUCUUCGGCAUGGAUGGGAAAGUCGGGGGCAGCGAGGAUAUGAGACUCGUUGCCGAUAUCAAUCUUGGUCGAAGCGCCUAG